UCCCUAACCAGGUAACAAAUUCAAUUUCUUUAAGCUACUCACUUACCCUCUCAACAAAGGACACCUAUACACACAAGAACAACAGCAACAAAAAGCCCCUUCAGGCCUUCUAAUGGCCAAUCAAUAAUCAAUCAAAUUUCCCAUUUUUCUCUCAAAUUAGCGAAAACCCUAAUCAUCUACGAUAAUGGAUUCCACCUCCAAGUCCAACGCCGCAACCUCAUCAAAGAAAGACGCCAACAAUGGCCAAACUCUUCUCUUAGGACGCUACGAGGUCGGCAAGCUCCUCGGCCAUGGCACUUUCGCUAAAGUCUACCACGCUCGUAACGUCAAAUCCGGUGAUAACGUAGCCAUCAAAGUGAUCGACAAGGAAAAGAUUCUCAAGAGUGGUUUAAUCGCUCACAUCAAGCGCGAAAUCUCUAUUCUCCGCCGCGUUCGCCACCCGAACAUUGUGCAAUUAUUCGAAGUCAUGGCUACUAAGUCCAAGAUCUACUUCGUUAUGGAAUACGUUCGUGGUGGUGAACUGUUCAAUAAAGUGGCUAAAGGGCGAUUAAAAGAAGAUGUUGCUAGGAAGUAUUUCCAGCAAUUAAUCUCGGCCGUUCAUUUUUGCCACGCGCGUGGCGUUUACCACCGUGACCUGAAACCUGAAAAUCUACUUCUCGAUGAAAAUGGGGAUUUGAAAGUCUCUGAUUUCGGGUUGAGUGCUGUAUCGGAUCAGAUCCGGCAAGACGGUUUGUUUCACACGUUUUGUGGAACCCCGGCUUAUGUUGCGCCGGAAGUUUUGGCGAGGAAAGGAUACGAUGCGGCGAAAGUAGAUAUCUGGUCUUGUGGGGUGGUUUUAUUUGUUCUAAUGGCAGGGUAUUUACCAUUUCAAGAUCAGAACAUUAUGGCUAUGUACAAGAAGAUUUACAAGGGUGAGUUUAGGUGUCCGAGAUGGUUUUCACCCGAGUUAAUUCGGUUACUCACCAAACUCCUAGACACCAACCCGGAAACAAGAAUUACGAUUCCAGAAAUCAUGGAGAAACGUUGGUUCAAAAAGGGGUUUAAACAUAUUAAGUUCUACAUCGAAGAUGAUAAGUUAUGCAGUGUCGAAGACGAUGAUAAUGAUGUUGGGUCAUGUUCAGACCAAUCAUCAAUGUCUGAGUCAGAAACAGAGUUGGAAACGAGGAAACGAGUUGGCACAUUGCCAAGGCCAGCUAGUUUAAACGCGUUCGACCUUAUUUCUUUCUCCCCAGGGUUCAACCUAUCCGGGUUGUUCGAGGAAGGAGAAGAAGGUUCCCGGUUCGUUUCAGGGGCACCGGUUUCGACAAUCAUAUCGAAAUUGGAGGAGAUAGCCAAGGUUGUUAGCUUUACAGUGAGGAAAAAGGAUUGUAGAGUGAGCUUGGAGGGUUCUAGAGAAGGAGCUAAAGGUCCAUUAUCGAUUGCUGCUGAGAUAUUCGAAUUAACCCCUUCAUUAGUCGUUGUGGAAGUGAAGAAGAAAGGAGGGGAACGAGGAGAGUAUGAGGAUUUUUGUAACAGGGAAUUGAAACCCGGGUUAAAGAAAUUAAUGGUUGAGGAAUCACAAUCUUCUGCAGCAGCUUCACUUGCUACUUCAUCAUCAUAUUUACCUUCGGAUACUGAAUAGAAGAGAAAGGGGAAGAAGGGAAAUAUAAAGGGUACGCUUUUUUUCUCUUUUUUCUUCUUGUGUAUCAUAAAGAGUUGCUUUUUUGUUCAUCUUUCGUAUAUGUUCUCGUUUUUGUUGUGCUACUUAGAUGACUUAAUAUAUAUAUAUAUAUAUAUAUGAUUUGUUGUUGUAUCGAGAUGGACAUAGUAGAAUACAGAGAAAUUGAAUACAGAUUUCUACUAAUCUUGGCAAUUUGGUUUCUGGCUUGUACAUUCCCAUCAACUUUAUUGUGAAAUGAAUCUCUAUGAUAUAUUGAUAUA